AUGAAUAUUAGACCUGCACGGGUAGAAGACCUCGCCGGCAUGCAGGCAUGCAACCUGCAGAACCUCCCCGAAAACUACACGAUGAAGUACUAUAUGUACCAUGCGCUGACCUGGCCGCAGCUCUCGUUUGUCGCGGAGGACAACAAGGGGCGGAUAGUGGGGUACAUCCUGGCGAAAAUGGAGGAGGACACGGAGUCGGAAGAGGAGGCCCACGGGCACGUCACGUCCAUCUCGGUCUUGCGGUCGUACAGAAGGUUGGGGCUCGCGAAGAGGCUGAUGGUGCAAUCGCAAGAGGCGAUGGCGACGGUGUUCAGGGCAUCAUACGUCUCGCUGCACGUACGAAAAUCGAACAGAGCGGCACUGGCGCUGUACAGAGACACGCUCGGCUUCACAGUCAAAGACAUCGAGAAGAAGUACUAUGCGGACGGAGAGGACGCGUAUGCGAUGCGCCUGUCAUUGAAGGACCUUGCACGGUGA